UCGGCUCAAAAUGAAGAGGAACGCGAGAAUAGGGAAAAUUCCAAAGGCAAACAUGAUAAAAAAUUGAAAAAAUCAGCUAUCGUUGUUGGGAAGAAAAGGACAAAAAAGAAGCCUGAUGAUAAUGCCUUUUUUGAAGAACAAUAUUCAGGUAACCCGGAAAACAUUCAUGAUAUAAAUAUUGAUGAUUUUGAGAUAGAAAGCAAAAAGAAAAAGAAAAAGAAGAAAACAGGAAAUGAGUUACAUUACAUAUUUGAUGCACAAAGUAAUGAGGGACUUCAUGAGGAAAUGUUAGAGACUUGUGAGGGUGCAGUCAAGGAAGAGAUGAGUAAUGAAGGGAAAAAGAAGAAAAAGAAAUCUAAACAAGAACCGCAAAAGGAAUCAAAAUCUGCCCUUCAUCCAGCUAUUGACUACUUGCACACAUGGUUUAAUAAUAGGCAACACUGGAACUUUAAGAAAGUUCGUCAAGUGUGGCUUCUGAAGAAUAUGUUUGAUCAAGAGCAGAUCUCUGAUGAAAACUUUGGCAUUCUGCUUAAAUAUCUCGAGGGACUGGAAGGAGCAGCAAAAGAGAAGACUAUAAAGAUAGCAGAGCGAAGGCUCGACUCUGGAGAAGGGGGAAGUGAACAGGAUACUGUGGUUGAAUCCAGAGUUCGACAAGUGCUUCAAAUGCUGACAGAGUAAAGAAGGGCUUGGGAAGAAGAGGAUAUUUAUUACUUGUGAUGAUUUGUGUUCAACAUUCUUG